AUGCUAUCCAAUGCCGGUCUUCAGGUCGCUGUCCUCACCUCCCUGUGUGGCGCUGCCCUCUAUGUACAACACCAAAAACGAAAACAGGCUCGACUUCCUCUUCCUCCUUCGGUCAAGUCCGAUCCUAUCAUUGGGCACCUCAGAUAUCUGCCUUCCGAUGACGAGCCAAGAGCAUACCGGGAUUGGGGCAAAGAGCUCGAUAGUGACAUUAUCUCCAUGACCGUUCUCGGACAGACGAUCGUGGUCAUAAACUCACUCGAUACCGCGACUGAACUACUGGGCAAGCGCUCUUCGAUCUAUUCAGAUCGACCGGAGCUACCCAUGCUGAAUGAUGAAAAACUCGUUGGUUGGGGCAACAACACCGGGAACAUUCGGUACGGCGACAACUGGCGAAUGCAACGACGCCUAACGCAUGCCGUGCUGCACAAGAAGGCGAGCGAGGAUCUGUGGCCGGGAAUGGUCAAGCAAACGAGGCUGGCGUUGCAACGGUUGUUGGACAAUCCUGAUAAUUUUACGGAAGAGUUCCGCCGAAUGUCGGGUUCGACGCUGUUGUCCUCAGUAUACGGCUACGAGGUGUCGUCAUAUGAUGACGGACUAGUCAAGGUCGUGGAAAAUGCCGUGCAUCGUAUUAGCGAAGCCGCCCUGUCCGGAAACUUUUAUGUCAACACGAUUGUCUGGAUGAAGUACAUACCCGCGUGGAUGCCUGGUGCUGCAUGGAAGCGUACAGCGAACGCUUGGCGAAGAGAUGUCCAGGAGAUGGUGAACGUUCCGUACAGCUGGGCCAAGGAUCAAAUCUCCAAGGGUAUCGCUCCCCAUUCAAUCCUCAGGCAGAUGCUGGGUCUGUCGAAGGAUGGGGAUUCCCAUUCCGAAGAGGCACGGCAGCAACUAGAGGAGCGUAUUCGGUGGGCGACGGCCACGUUAUUUGCAGCUGGAACUGAUACAUCCGUUGCUACCGUAAUCGUAUUCGUUCUCGCCAUGGUUCUUCACCCAGAGGUGCAAGCCAAGGCACAGGCGGAAAUUGACACGGUCCUUGGAGGCAGUCGUCUACCCGAAAUGACCGAUCGAGAGUCCUUGCCGUACGUGUGCUGCAUAGUAAAAGAAGUGCUACGAUGGUGGCCGGCAUUUCCCCUAGGUGUUCCCCACGCUAGCACUCAGGACGACGUAUAUCGAGGAUACUUUAUUCCCAAGGGGUCAACUGUCAUCGGAAACACAUGGGCGAUAUGCAAUGACCCAAAUCUGUACCCGAACCCUGAACGAUUCUACCCCGACCGGUUCCUGGAUCCUUCCGUACCCAACGCACCAGGCUUUGGCUAUGGACGGAGGAGUUGCCCAGGGGUUCAUUUCGCCGAAUCAACACUAUUCAUCACUAUGUGCACUCUGCUUACGGUAUUCGAUAUCUCCCCCGCGCUCGACGAGAAUGGGAACCUGGUGCUACCCAAGGUGGAAAAGGGUCCCAACUUGAUGAUUAGGUCGAUCGCGAAACAAACGGAAGUGAUCAAGAAACGGCGAGAUCAACCCCUAGAACGCAACCUCGAAAAGGCUGAGCAAUAUCGGCAGGAAGUCCUAAGGGCGUAUCGUGGGAUAGAGAGUGCCUUUCGGCAGUUACAGACCGAUGCGACCAUGGAUAUAUGGAGUAGUGUAGGGGAGCAGACGGCGAAUAGCCGCCUCCAUCAACUGUUCCCAUCCAGAUUAGCUCCGCAUAACUCCACUCUCUCAACCGAGGUAGAUCGCCGAGCCUGUACCAAACACACACGAACCCAGAUCUUGUUAGAGCUUGACCAAUGGUCAGCCGAUCCUCAGAAACCCAACGUAUACUGGAUGAACGGCAUGGCUGGCACAGGCAAGACGACCAUUGCAUACACGUUUGCCGAGUCUCUCAAGAGACGAGGACUUCUUGGCGCUAGCUUUUUCUGCACGCGAGCGUCUAGUGAAUGCCAGGACGUAGGACGAAUCAUACCGACGAUCACAUAUCAACUUGCACGGUACUCCAUGAGCUUCCAAUCAGCAGUCGUGAAGGUACUGGGGAGCGAUCCCGACAUCGGGACCCGAGCUAUAGCGGAACAGUGCGAGCAGCUGAUCAAAGAGCCGUUGGCGCAGGUGAAGGACGUCAUACCCGGUGGACUUGUGGUCGUAAUUGAUGCACUUGACGAAUGCAACAAUGCGAACGGGGUGCGAACGAUCCUAGACGUGCUUUUCAGAAUCACUCCCAACUUGCCUCUCAAGUUCUUUAUCACCAGUCGACCCGAACCCAUUAUCCGCCACAGGAUUGAGGCCUUAUCCGACCUGAAUCGGUCGAUGUGCGUGCUACACGAGAUCGAGAAGUGGAUGGUAGAAGCAGACAUUGAGCUUUAUCUUCGUGAAGAGCUUGACGACAGCGUCUCCGACCAGAACUUGAGCCAGCUUGCGAAACUAUCCGGAAACCUGUUCAUAUAUGCGGCCACAGCGAUUCGAUACAUUCGACCAACAGGGACCAUAGUUGACCCAGAUCGACUCGAGACCAUUCUCAUCUCAUCAACGAACUCGGGCUUUCAGCACUCGGACAUUAACGAGCUCUAUACCACGAUUCUGGAGGCCGCAGUGCACCAGUCCGGCAGAGACUCGCAAGAGCAGCAACAGAUGCGACUGAUACUCUGGACUGCAGUUUGUACGCGUGAACCGGUGAACAUCGAUACACUGGCAGCCCUGACCGGGAUCAAGGCGACAAAGGUCAACACACUGCUACAGUCCCUAUACUCGGUGCUGCACGUGUCGCGGGCGACCUCAAUGAUCACCACGCUACAUGCAUCGUUCCCCGACUUUAUGUUUGGCGAGGCGCGGUCGUCAAAGUUCUACUGCGACGAAGCGAAGCAUAGCCAACUGCUCGCUAAACAGUGCUUCCAGGUGAUGGAAGCCCAGUUGCGAUUCAACAUAUGUAGUCUAGAGACGUCUUUUAUACCCGAUAGAGAAGUGCAAGACCUGGAAGAUCGGAUAACAAGGUUAAUCUCGCCAACGUUGUCAUACGUAGCGCACCAUUGGGGGUACCAUGUAGUCAAGGGUGCGCCUUGUGAGACAGUGCGGAAUGGACUGAAAGAGUUCCUAUCUCAGCGACUGCUAUUCUGGAUGGAGGUGCUAAGCCUGAAGCGUACGCUGGACAAAGGGAUGAGCAUGCUGUCGGCGCUCAAGCCAUGGAUGGCGGUUGAAGACAUAUCAUCAGAUCUGAGCAAGCUGCUGAACGACUCGUGGAUCUUCGUGUCAAAGUAUGCUGCCGGAUCUGUUUCGCAGUCGACACCGCAUAUAUACAUCUCGGCAUUGGCAUUUUGCGAUCACUCAAGUUCGGUACACAAGCAAUACUGGGGCCGCACUCGAGGGCUUUUGAGCCUUAAAGGCUCUGCGAUGGAACAAAGUCAAACCCCGCUACUCGCAGCGUGGUCGAUACGCUCCGGGGCCCUCUCACUCGCAUUCUCUCCUGACGGGUCUCGAUUUGCAAUUGGAUUCAAAGAUGGCACAGUGCACGUAUUUCAUGCCCACGAUGGGACGAUUGCUCUUGGCCCCCUCGAGGGCCAUACCAGUGGUGUCGAAUGUGUAGCAUUCUCUCCCAACGGACUGUUGCUUGCCUCUGGCUCUGGCGACAAGACGAUCCUUGUGCGAGACGCGCAGACGGGCACUUGCAUAUACGACGCCAUCAAGGGCCAUGAAGGAGGAGUGACGUCAGCGUUGUUCUCACCCGACGGCAAACACAUACUCUCAGGGUCCUGGGACCAGACAACGCGGAUGUGGGACAGUGGCGACGGUAGUCUGAUACCCAACUCCAUCAAACACCAUCCUGAUGAAAUCAACUGCACGGCAUUCUCUCCUGAUGGCAAGCAUGUCGCCUGUGGUUUGUGGAGCAACAAGAGUCCAAUCAUUGUUUACAACGCAUCCACCAGCGAGUCUCUGCCUUUUUCAUUCGCUGCUCAUCGAACCUCAGUGGAGUCAAUCGCCUUUUCGCCACACGGCAAGCACCUUGUCACUGGCCAUCGAUCCGGUGAUCUGCGCGUCUGGAGUCUGCAGGACGGCACCCCCACACACUCCCCGCCCACAGUACACAGCAACACAAUCACAUCCAUUAGAUUUUCGCCACUCGGAGACAAACUCGUCACCGCCUCUUAUGAUAGCUACUCCAACCCUUGCCUACUUGGCACACACGACGAUUGGGUUUUCUCCGCUGUGUUCUCACCUGACGGCACACGAGUCGCAUCAUGCUCGCACGAUCGCACCCUCAAGAUGUGGAAUGCAUUCCACUCGACAUCAUCUCACACCUCACGCUGGACCGCACCAACCAAGGCUGUCUACUCAGUUGCGAUUUCGCCUGAUGGGUCACGCAUCGCCGCAGCGGGUGGCGACAAAGCGAUCUACAUGUUCAACACACGUGAUGGCACUGCCGCUCUGGAGCCACUUGUCGCACACACGGGCGAGAUCCACUCGGUGGUAUUCUCAGGCAACGGCAGGUACCUUGUUUCUGGCAGCAACGACAAACGCAUGUGUCUGUGGGAUACCGCAAGCGGCAAGCUGCUAUCCAAUCCAGUUGCAGGGCAUGAAAAUUUCAUCUGUUCAGUUUCGUUUUCACCCGACAGCAGGCAAGUUGUUUCUGCCUCGUGGGACAAGACUAUACGCAUGUGGCAUGUGGAUGAUGGGGCUCUGACACCUACAGACUUGGUCGGAACACACGACAGCAGAGUCAACUCAGCGGUAUUCUCUCCUGACGGCGCGCGCAUUGUUUCUGGAUGUGACGACAGAAAGAUCCGGAUGUGGGACUCACAGACUCUAUCACUCCUCUUUGAUUUGUUUAGGUCGCAACAGCAUGAGCGUAUAUGGUCGGUGACAUUCUCGUCUGAUGGCAAACUCAUUGCUUCCGGGUCCGACGAUGGUACUAUCUUCAUUUUCGACUCUCACAGUGGCGAGAUGGUUCUUGGUCCUCUCAAGGCACAUCAGGAUUCGGUUAGGUCAGUCUUAUUCUCACCCGACGGCAAUCACAUUGUAUCUGGCUCGGCUGAUCGACGGGUCGGAGUAUGGAGGGUGGAAGAUGGCGCUCCUGCAUGUGAGCCACUUGAAGGACAUCAAAGUGGGAUUAGCUCGAUGGCAUGUUCACCUGAAGGCGCAUACAUUGUCUCAGGCUCAUGGGACUCGACGAUUCGAGUAUGGAAGGUACUAGGAAGGGGCGUUGUAUCCAACUCAUCCCAAUCUGCCUCUUCUACCUCAGACCAGAGAGAACCUCAUCGUGCGAUUGCUGGGGGACUUAAGAUCGAUAGCGAUGGGUGGGCACGCAACCGCAGCUCUCAGCUACUUUUCUGGGUUCCGUCACAUCUGCACUUCCUUUUCCCCUCCCUUAAGACCGUUCAUUAUAUUGGACCUGAAGGCACACUUCAAAUGGAUUAUAGUAAUCCAUUGUUGCUUGGUGACGAAUGGUAUCGAUGCUUUGUAGGCUAA